AUGUCUGAAUUGACUUAUCGCAUCCCACGUGUGCAGCGGGCGCUUGUGGCGACAGGGCCGGGGAGUCUAGCCCUAAAGCCCGUACCUGUUCUCAAGCCCGCGGGCGAUGAACUCCUGGUGCGCAUCGCCGCCGUCGCCCUCAAUCCGUCUGACCACAAGCUCCUGGAUCAAUCAACAACCGUUGGGGCAGUCAGCGGGAGCGACUUUGCGGGGACCGUCGUCCGCGUGGGAGGCGAUUCGACCGCCCGUUUCCAGAUCGGCGAUCAUGUCUGUGGGAUCAUCUUCGGCGCCAACCCCGGCAACCCCCGCAACGGCGCCUUCGCCCAGUACGCCGUCGCCACCGCCGAUCUGUGCAUGCACAUUCCUUCCUCCAUGGAAUUUGCCGAGGCUGCCUCCCUCUCGAUGGGCCUACUGACCGCUGGGCUGGCCUUUCGCUCCCUGGGCUUGGACUGGUCCCGACUGACAGAGAGCCCCGACGAGAACAAGAAACCUGACCAUUCGAAUGAUUCAGACAAGCGAGAAUAUGUGCUGGUGCAUGGAGGUGCCACCGCGACGGGAACGCUCGUCAUCCAACUGUUGCGGAUGGCCGGAUACGCGCCCAUUGCAACUUGCUCGCCCGCCAGCUUCGAUCUAGUGCGCAGCCGGGGUGCGGUGCAAGUGUUCGACUACGCUUCGGCCUCGUGCCACGAGGAGAUCCGCGACUACACCCAGGAUCGCCUCCGAUAUGCGCUGGACUGCAUCGGCACCAUCGAGACUAUGACCCUCUGCUACGUGGCCCUCGGCGACACCGGCGGUCGGUAUUCGGCGUUGGAGUACUAUCCCCGGGCGCUGACGAUCCGCCGCCGCGACGUGAAGCAUCAAUGGAUUCUAGGAUGGACCCUAUUCGGCAACGAAGUGAAGCUCGCCGGCGCCUACCACCGGGACCCCCUCCCCAAGGACCGGGUAUUCGGGCGUGAAUGGGCGGGGGUUCUGGAGUCGUUGAUGGAGCAGGGCCGAGUGCAGCCCCACCCGCUGGAGAUCGUCAAGGGCCCUUUGUCGCUGGCGAUGGAACAGGUAGACCGAAUGCGCCAUGGCCGUGUCAAGCGGAAGAAGAUUGUCGUGCAGAUUCGAUCUAGCUAGGAGAUGAGUCGAU